CAGGGGCGUGGCCUUCUCUCGGCCCAGGUGAAGCCUCUAGAGGUCUCUGGGGAACCGCGCAGGAGCAACGUUGUCUUCUGGAAGGAUGCUGGGCCGAAGUCGUCUCAUCUUCGUCUUUCUGGCCGCGGCUGUCACCAGCGCUGAGGCGCAGCACGUGCCACCGUGGACAGAAGACUGCAGAAAAUCAACUUACCCUCCUUCUGGACCAACGUAUAGAGGACCAGUUCCAUGGUACACCAUAAAUCUUGAUUUACCACCCUACAAAAGAUGGCAUGAAUUAAUGGCUGACAAGGGACCAAUGCUAAAGAUUAUAGUGAAUUCCUUAAAGAAUAUGGUAAAUGCAUUUGUGCCAAGUGGAAAAAUUACGCAGAUGGUGGAUCAGAAGUUGCCUGGUCUACUUGGUCAGUUUUCUGGUCCUUAUGAAGAAGAAAUGAAAGGAAUUGCAGAUGUUACUGAGAUACCUUUAGGAGAGAUUAUUUCAUUCAACAUUUUUUAUGAAUUGUUCACUAUGUGUACCUCAAUAAUAACUGAAGACGAGAAAGGUCAUCUACUACAUGUUAGAAACAUGGAUUUUGGAAUAUUCCUUGGGUGGAACAUAAAUAAUAAUACCUGGGUUGUAACUGAGGAACUAAAACCUUUAACAGUGAAUUUGGACUUCCAAAGAAACAGUAAAACUGUCUUCAAGGCUACAAGCUUUGCUGGCUAUGUGGGCAUGUUAACAGGAUUCAAACCAGGAAGAUUUAGUCUUACACUAAAUGAACGUUUCAGCAUGAGUGGUGGUUUUCUGGGUCUCAUAGAAUGGAUUUUGGGAAAGAAAGAUGCCUCAUGGAUAGGGUUUAUCACUAGAUCGGUUCUGGAAAAUGCUACAAGCUAUGAAGAAGCCAAGAAUAUAUUGGCCAAGACCAAAUUAUUGGCCCCAGCAUACUUUAUUCUUGGAGGUAACCAGUCUGGGGAAGGGUGUGUGAUUACACGAGAAAGAAAAGACUCUUUGGAUGUAUAUGAACUUGAUCCUAAGCAAGGUAGAUGGUAUGUGGUACAAACAAACUAUGACCGAUGGAAAAAACCCUUAUUCCUCGAUGACCGUAGAACACCUGCACAGAUGUGUCUAAAACGCACAACCCAAAAGAAUGUCUCAUUUGCAACGUUAUAUGACAUUCUGUCAACAAAACCUGUCCUCAACAAGCUGACUGUAUUUACCACCUUGAUGGACGUUUCAAAAAAUCACUUUGAAACUUACCUUCGGGAUUGCCCAGACCCUUGCAUGGGCUGGUGAGCUCACAUCUGCCUACAGAACGUGCCAAGACGUGAAGACAUGCUACCCAACGUGGCUGACCAGUGCAGCUGUCUGGAUUCCCUACAAAGGCUGAAGACUCUGGGCUGGUUCUCUGAGUCAUAGGCUUGCCUUUCUCAGUAUUAUUUAUAAUUAGCAGACUGUUCCUGCCAUCACAAUCUGAUUCUUCCUAUUUACAGGUUUCUUCUGUAAGUGAAGUAAAACAGUCUUCUAGAAUAUGCUGAGAUUCAUUUCACUUCAACAUUUGGGGAUAGGGAUGAGCAAUUAAAUCACCUCCAUGGAAUUUCAAGUCGCAAUUUUCUAUAGGCACUUAAACUAGUAACCCUGUGUAACUAAUGUAAACAUAAUCCACGUCAUUCAGUUUUUUACUUUCAUCAACAUAAUUAUUUUAAUAUGUAGCAAAAUUUUCCUAACAACUAAGAUCAGUAUAUCAUUGCAUUUGCUAUUAGUGACAGCAGUGUAAUUUCACUCUAUUUGACUGGGAGGUUGAGACAGACAUUCAGUAUUCCCUUUAAUGGGCAGUAAAUGGACCUUUGACUCUGUAAAUAAUAGUUUUGGGGGUUCAUGAACUAGUCAAUAUCCAAAGCAGUUUUUUACAAAAAGAAUCAAAGCACUGCCUUUUUCAUAAUGAUUCUACCUCCCAGUAAUCCAGGAAGUUGCAAAAUUAAAAAUUUUGGAGUCUAAUCUGGGCAUGGUGGCACAGGCCUGGAAUGCCAGCUGAGAGGGGCUGAGAGGCAAGAGGAUCAAAAGUUUGAACCUAGCUUGGACACCUUAAAUACUCAGCAAGACCCCCCUGCCUUAAAAAGGCCCUGGGUUCAAUCCCCAGUAUCAAAACAAAACAACCAAAACUGAGUCCAACAUUCUGUGAACUGGUGAAUAAACUUCCAAGACUUGGAAAUAGGAAAAAAGUGGUUAACUAAUUAAAUUUUCACAAGUAUCACUGAUUUAUUAAUACAUAGGUUUUUAGUUUGUCCUUCUGAUCAACAUGUAUUUAAAAAAAAUUUAGUACAGUAAUUAAAAAUAUUUCAGAAAUCUUUAUAAAAAAUGCUAACAGAACUUGUUGAUCUUUCACAGUUAACUGGAACAUAUGCUAUUUGUGCAAAAUUGUGUCC